AUGCCUUCCGCAGUUGAGAAAGAACGUAAGAAGGCCGAAAAGCUGGCCAAGUUCCAAGAGAAACAGUCAAAGAAACAGACCGCGCCCACUCCCGCAGGUGAUGCCGCCAAAUCCGCGAAGAAAGAAAAGGUCAAGAAACCUGCCGCCGCCGAUGCUUACGAACCUCAAAAGAUCGAAUCUGGCCGUUAUGAGUGGUGGGAGAGCAGAGGCUACUUCAAGCCGCAAUUUACAAAGGAAGGGAAGGUCAAACCGGAAGGCAAAUUCGUCAUUCCGAUACCUCCUCCCAAUGUGACGGGGUCACUGCAUAUGGGUCACGCCCUUACGAACGCGCUGCAAGACACCAUGAUUCGACAUGCGAGAAUGAAGGGCAAAACCACGGCCUGGAUCCCUGGCUGUGACCACGCCGGUAUAGCCACGCAAAGCGUGGUGGAAAAGAUGGUUUACAAGACCGAGGGCAAGACCCGGCACGAUCUAGGCAGAGAAGCCUUGCUGGAAAGGAUCUGGAGCUGGAAGGAGAAGUACCACGCCAACAUCACGAACCAGCUCAAACGUCUGGGAGGUUCCAUGGAUUGGUCGCGUGAGGCUUUCACCAUGGACGACGAUCGCUCCUAUGCUGUGCGGAAGACGUUUGUCGACUUAUUCGAGGAUGGUAUCAUUUACAGGGCGGACAGGUUGGUGAAUUGGUGCUCUGCUCUUUGCACCUCGUUAUCAAACCUCGAAGUGGACAACAAGGAGCUCAAAGGGCGAACCAAGUUGAAAGUGCCGGGGUAUGACAAGAUGAUUGAAUUCGGUGUUCUCACUUACUUCAAAUACCCCAUCAGCAAGGGAGACGACUCACACAAUUCAUCGACCUCAGCGGACCGCUUCAAGGGCUAUGAGUUUAUCGAGAUUGCCACAACUCGUCCGGAAACCAUGCUUGGUGAUACCGCUAUUGCCGUGCAUCCCGACGACAAGAGAUAUAAGCACCUCGUAGGCAAACUGGCCAUCCACCCCUUUAUUCCAGAUCGCAAGAUCGUGAUCAUUGCAGACGAAGAGGUGGAGAUGGACUUUGGUACUGGAGCCGUGAAGAUCACCCCGGCACACGACCCCAACGAUUUUACCAAGGGCAAGAAGCACGACCUGGAAUUCAUCAAUAUCCUCAACGAUGAUGGCACGUUGAAUGCGAAUGCCGGGCCUUAUGCGGGUCAAAAAAGGUUCGACGUCCGAUACGCUGUGAUCAACGACUUGAAAGAGCUCGGCCUGUAUACCAAGCAGGAAGAUAACGCAAUGACGAUUCCUAUGUGCCAGAGGAGCAAAGACGUGAUUGAGCCAGUCCUAAAACCACAGUGGUGGAUGAAGAUGGCGGACAUGGCCAAAGCGGCGGACGAUGCUGUGCUGGACGGUCGAAUCCUGAUCAAACCUGAAUCAGAGUCACGGCGCUUCCAUUUCUGGAUGCAGAAUAUCCAGGAUUGGUGCAUUUCUCGACAACUCUGGUGGGGUCAUCGAGCACCAGCCUAUUUUGUUGAGCUUGAAGACAAGACAAGUGACGAAGCUGACAGCCACUACUGGGUGGGGGCUCUGACUGAGGAUGAAGCUCGAGCCAAGGCGGAGAAGAAAUUCCCUGGAAAGAAAUUCACGCUGAGAUGGGAUGAGGAUGUGCUCGACACCUGGUUCUCCUCGGGUCUUUGGCCAUUUACGACACUUGGUUGGCCAAAGGAGACUUCCGAUAUGCGGGAAUUAUAUCCGACUAGCAUGCUAGAGACCGGGUGGGAUAUUCUAUUCUUCUGGGUGGCGAGAAUGGUCAUGUUUGGUCUGAAAUUGACCGGCGACGUGCCCUUUACAGAGGUCUACUGCCAUUCGUUGAUUCGAGAUGCGGAGGGACGAAAGAUGUCCAAGUCCUUGGGCAAUGUGAUUGACCCGCUGGAUAUCAUCAGGGGCAUCACGCUGGAAGAUCUCCACAAGACAUUGUAUGCCGGUAACCUCGAUCCAGCCGAGAUUGAGCGAGCCAAAACAUACCAGAAGACAGCUUUCCCCAAGGGUAUCGAGGAGUGCGGCGCUGACGCCCUACGGUUUACGCUCGUGAACUACACCACUGGUGGAGGCGAUGUGGCCUUUGAUAUUCGGGAGAUUGAAGCAAAGCGACGGUUCUGCAACAAGAUCUACCAAGCAACUAAUUUUGCACUGGGAAGACUUGGAGGAGACUUCGUCCCUGAUGCAGCACCAACGGACAACAAACCCAAAUCGCUGGCAGAGAAAUGGAUCCUUCACAGACUCAACGUGGCUGCGAAGGAUGUCAAUGAUGCCAUCGAGGGACGAGAGUUCUCGGUGGCUGCGGGCACCCUGUACCAAUACUGGUUCACGCAGCUCUGUGACACAUUCAUCGAGAACUCGAAAUAUAUCCUUACGCCCGAGGCUCCUGAGGAUGAAAGAAGGUCGGCUCAGCAAACCUUGUACACAGCACUUGAGGGCGGCUUGCUGCUGAUGCAUCCGAUUAUGCCGUUCCUGACAGAGCAUUUGUGGCAGAAGCUCCCACGUCGGAAAGGUGACAGCACCGAGAGUAUCAUGAUCGCGAAGUAUCCCGAGUUCAACGAGAAACUGGAUGCUCCUCAAGACGCUCAGAAGUAUGAGUUUAUCAUGGACAUUGCGUCGGGGAUUCGAAGCCUGCUUUCGCAAUACGCCUUCAAGGAACCCGGAGAUGUGAUCAUCCAAACUUAUUCGGACUCGGCUUUCAAGACCGUAUCGGAGGAACAAACGUCCAUCAAAUCUCUAGGCGGCAAGUACGCUGGCAAGAUUGAAGUCCUGCCACCAGCCACGAACUCCCUUCCGCCUGCUGGGUGUGCUCUGCAGAGCAUCAACGCGGACGCCGCCGUGUAUCUCAAGAUUGCGGGACGGAUUGAUGUGGCGGAGGAGUUGAAGAAGCGCCACAAGAGCAUUGAGGAUGCCAAAUCCCGAGCGGACAAGAGCAAGAAGAUCAUGAGCGGAGCCGGGUGGGAGAAGGCGAGUAAGGAUACAAAGAGAAAGGAGGAGGAGAAACUUCAGGACGCCGAAAGCGAAGUGAAGCGAUUGGAGGAGGCCGUCAAGGAUUUGGAGAGGUUGAAGCUGGAGGGUUGA